AUGGCGACUGCUUGCACAGAAACUCAUGAAUCAUAUCAUGUCAGCUUAGAAGAGCUAUGUGCUCGAGCCGGGGUGGCUCAGUUCGGUGAUAUCGAAUCGGCAUGGGAUUAUGUUGAAGGAAGGGACCUAUUGGAUUUGGAUGUUGCGGCUUCAUGCUCGGCUCAACUGGAUUUCAUUGCAAAGUUCAAAUUGCAUUGGGCAUCUGCCUUGCCUCAUUCACUGGGCAUACCGGAGGAAUGGAAGCAAAUCGGAAGGCCAACUGCGUGGAAUCUGCAAACAUGGAUGCACUCAGCCGCUCUGAUGUCUUGGUUGCAGCCCAUCGAUGAACACACGACCACCCUCUCAGAGGCACAACUUGCCACCAAUCAUGAUGACCUUUCUUCAUUCGCUCCAGAUUUCUCACUUCGCGCACCCCAAUCCUCUGUUCCUCGAUCUGAAGACGACCAACCAUUCUCAAAAAAUUCUUUGUACACUCUACCAUUCUUCUUCGAAAUCGUUACAUAUCCAGGAGACGAGGAUAAUGCUACAUUUUCAAUCCCAAGUUUUUUUUUGUCGACUCCAGGCUGUGUGCUGGUUCCUAAGCUUCAAUUGGACUUCCCGCCGCCACUCCAGGGAGCCAGUGAAUGCCCAUCGGAGACAUUCGGGCUUCUGAUGGAUUCUUACAAUCCGUUUCCCUCUUCCAUAGAUCUCAUGAAGGCAACCCUUCUUGAGCCUGCACUUCUCGUAGGAAUGAAGGGGCCUUCUCCGUGGCCUUCGCACAUAUCUUCUCAUCCGGUGUCUUCCACAAUCCCUCCAACGUCGAUGGAUUUGAAAGUUCGUGAUCUCUCUCAAGUUAUUCAACCGAGCUUGGACACGCAUUUAUUAAAUUGGUGUCUCCGUUGCGAGCAAAAUGUUCAGGCCAAAGUUCCUCUCCCGUUUGUUUCUUCUUCCUCCCUACCCCCAUGCUUCAUGAUAUUUGGAAUACUGUACGAUGCCGACGGUCUGGUCAUCGUUGCUCACAUUCCAUAUCCAGCUGCAUCUCCAGCUAUGGCAACUACGUCCGAUUGCACCCUGUCCUAUGCGUAUCUGUCGUGUAUAGUCGAUCGCAUACCUAUGACCGGCGCGGAUCGACCUAGCUCACUGGAUGCAAGCACAGAAUCUCUGAUCCUUGCCAAUUUCAGGGCUGCUUUGGCUCUCUCCUCCCUACAAAGACAUGCCUUCAUGAUGCUUACGCUAUGGGAAAGGGUUGAAUGGCCCACCGCUAUUGUCGAUGUUUUUGCUGCCCUCAGUGGGAGCGGAAAAAGCGAAGACGGGAGUGGAAGCCAGUAUUAUGAUUACAGUGAAGAUAACGACAGCUGCACUGACGACAGGAUCGACGAGGAAGAAGAAGACGAUAGAUCACGCAAAAGCGCGGAUAUCGACCACGACCACGACCAUGACCACGACUAUGAUGAUGAUGGCGAUGGCGAUCCGAUUGAGAACAAGAGCAAGAGUAACAAAGGCGGGGCCCGCGACGACUAUGUUGGCGACGAAGAUGGAAGCAGAGAAAACGAAGACGGGGGUGGAAUCCAGGACUAUGGUUACAGUGAAGAUCAUGGUAAUAUCACUGAUGGCAGGAAUGAGGAGGAAGAAGACGGCAGAUCACACAAAAGUGUGGAUAUCGACCAUGACCAUGAUGUGACUAUUGGUCUUUACCAUGAAUAUAUCUGA